AUGAUCACGGACGUGCAGCUCGCCAUCUUCGCCAACAUGCUGGGCAUGCUGCUUUUCUUGCUUGUGGCUCUCUAUCACCAUGUGGCAGUCAACAAUCCCAAGAAGCAGGAAUGAAAGUAGCGCUUUCUCCGCCCCAGGGUUCCAGGACAUAGUCUGAGGCAAG